GGCCCGAUUAGCCAGGUUCCGAUUGAAACUGCUACUAGCCCCAUCUCCCGUAACCGUUCCCGUUCGAUUUUGCGAAUACUGCUCUCCACUCAACCAUUCGUGUAUGGUGAAAUUAGUGUUUCAGAGACGUUAUCGCCAUUGUCAAUCUGCUAUCAAAUCAGGGUUUCUUAUUUGGGGUUUCUGAAAUUUUACAUUGUUGGCGAAGCUUUGGUCAUGGAAUUCCAUAAAAAUGCAUAGUGCUCUGUGAAAUUGGAUUUUCUCAGUUUUCAUGACCAUUAUCAGCAUUCUGGCGUGACAUUAGGGUGGUGCGCUUUGGGUUUCUGAAACCUUAAAAACGGAUGGAGAAGCAUUGGCCAUCGAAUUCAAUUGAACUGCGAAGCUCUUGUUCAGUGGAGACAUUUGGCUGUCCAGUUUGUUACUUUUGCCCUAAUUCUUGGAAGAGGGUUGGAUUCUUCACUGUGAAUUCAGCGAAAAAUAAUUCAGAAGCUUCAAAGGGGCUCCAAAAUGAAUCGAAAAAUAAGCUUUCUCGUAUCCUUUGGACUGAGGCUGCUGUUAAAGGAAUAGAGAGGAAGGCAGGGCUCACAAAUUCCACCAGUCUAUGGCCAAGGGCUGUUUUGGAUGCUUUGAGUGAUAAAAUUGAGAAGAACCAGUGGGAAUCCGCCCUUGAGAUUUUUCAAUUACUCCGAAAGCAACAUUGGUAUCAUCCAAAAUCUCAAACAUAUGUAAAACUCUUUCAAAUGCUUGGCAAAUGUAAACAACAUGAGCAGGCAAGCUGGCUCUUCAAAACCAUGCUCGCUGAAGGACUCAAACCGACAAUUGAUGUCUACACAUCCCUUUUGGGUGUUUAUGGCCUCAGUGGUCAGCUAGACAAAGCAUUUCAUGUGAUAGAUGAAAUGAAGGCCAUAUCUGAUUGUAAACCUGAUAUACGCACCUACACAGUUCUCAUCAACUGUUGCUUUAGACUGUCCCGCUUUGAUCUAAUCAAUUGGGUCUAUGAGGAAAUGUCCUAUUACGGGCUUGAACUUAACACAGUCACUUACAAUUGUAUUAUUAAUGGAUAUGGCAAGGCUGGGAUGCUCAAUGAUAUGGAAAAAGCGCUAACAGAAAUGCUUGAAACAGGUACAUGCCUACCGGAUAUUUACACCAUGAAUUCUUUUAUGUGGGCUUAUGGUAACUAUGGACAAAUUGAAGAAAUGGAGAAGUGGUAUGAUGAAUUUCAGCACAUGGGUAUCGAGCCAGAUAUUCAGAGUCUUAAUAUCUUGAUCAAGUCGUAUGGUGGAGCUGGUAUGCAUCAAAAAGUGACAUCAGUAAUGGAUUUUAUGACGAGGCGGUAUUUCUCACCAACAACUGUGACUUUUAAUAUUAUUAUAGAAACAUUUGGAAGAGGGGGAAAUAUUGAAGAAAUGGAGCGUAUUUUCCGUAUGAUGAAAAUGCAAGGAGUGAAACCUAAUUGUAUCACUUACUGCUCUCUUGUAAAUGGAUAUAGUAAUGCAGGGCUUCUGAAAAAGAUCCCAUCAAUUUUGAGACAAAUGGAUAAUUCUGGAGUGAUUCCCGAUACCCCACUUUUUAACUGCAUCAUAAAUGCAUAUGGCAGUGCUGGAGAUUUGGAAAUGAUGGAGGAGAUGUUUGUAAAGAUGAAGAAAAAGCAGUGCAAGCCUGAUAAUGUAACAUUUUCAACAAUGAUCAAAUCUUACACCAGUCGAGGUAUGGUCGAGGCUGCUUCUGAGGUGGAAGAUAAAAUGCGUCAUAUGGAGCAGUAUAGUUAGUUGUGCUGACGUGGCCUAUUUGCUUUAUGUUGUGUCUACACCAAAGAAUGCACGAAUAGGGAAAGGAAAUAUGUCGCAAACUAGUAGCCUUCUACCGAAGGUUUGCCACAAUCAGGCCCAAACUGCCAAUACCAGAGUAUAACUCUCACCACUCAAACCUAUACUAGUGUGCCCAUGUUCCCUCCCAUAGAAACUCCCUUGUAAAAUUCGGCACUUAUUCUAUCCAUGUUUCAGUGAGGUUUCAUAUUGGCGAGGCAUUCGAGAAUACGUUACUUCUGGUACACAUGCUUUGCAUUCCAGUCCAUGCUAGCAUGAAUUUCCGAGAACGGUGUUUGUUGGACCAUGUUCAGCCUUUCAAGCAACAAGUGUGCCAUCUAGUAACAGGAAACUGGUUUUCCAUACAAUGUCGAUAAUCACCACUUGACUUUCUUUGCCAACCAAACAGCAAGAGUCUCGGAUCCUGCUCUGGUAAGAGAUACCUUUCUCAAAAUUGCUACCUCUCUCUCUCUCUCUCUCACAUGUGAUGGGUGAGGAAAGAGAAGAUCCAUGCCCUCAUUUUCAUCAUGGCAAAAUAGGUUGCUAAAUGGCUAAUUCCAAAGUCCAAACUGUUGCUUGUCUUGGCAAGCUUGGUGCAUAGAUGGUGAGGAUGCUACGACCUUAUUCCAGAUCAGGAUGACCUCAUUAUUUGAAUCAAGUGUAAUUAUCUAAGUCAAAAUACACAAUAUGAAGCUGCUUCCUGUUGUAGUCUCUCUACCAAUCCGCUGAUGGUGGCUAAUUGUUCUUCUACCUUUGUGUCCACUACAGGUCCCUCAGGCAGCAUUAAUAUAGCUGAAAGUAAUAUGCCUUCAAGAUUGUAGCGUUAACUCUUUAAUUGCUAUCUCUGAUUUUUUUUAUAUUUUUUAUUUACUUUGAGUGUAUAUGCGUGUUUGUUCUACUGGUUUUAGAAUUAUUCAAGCAAUAACAGCUUAUCUAAGUUUUCUUUCAUUCUCCUAAACACUAAAUCUUACUUCUAUGCAGAUGUUGCUCUUGAAGCCUAAAUAACUUCUAGAACGUACAACCAGAUAUUUGGCAAUAGAUUUAAUGCUAACAGAUCUGUAUCCAGGAGAAUCAUUGUUCUUACGAGAGCCAUAAAGUAGUGAAUUAUUUCGGAGAUAUGUGUAAGCUUAUGUUUGCUCUUAAAAGUUCGGCUAGAUCAUUUUUAUAUUUCCUCAAUUUUUUUGAAUGUGAAAUAUUUCCUCUUUUAUUAAUUAUCCUUUUCUCAGGGGCUUGUUUAGUAGCUGGGACAUCAUUCCAAUCGUGAACACCUUAGCCACUCAAGCCCUAGUUUGAUUCCUCCUUUUCUAGAAACAUAUUUUUGAAUUUCUUGAUUUUUCACAGCUUUUAACUGUGGUGAAUAUGGGCCCUUUUCCUUUUUCUUGUUUAACAGCAAAAAAAGAAAUUGUAUGCAACGAGACACUGUCAAAAGCUUAAGACCCAAGCAACGGAUAUGGGGACUUGUGCAUCUGAGCUGUUCUCAUUUUCAACAAAUACAUGGAUAUUUCGUCUUAACAGCGAGCACAAGAGCACUUUGGGUCUCGCACUAUUUAAGAAGCAGUUCCCGAUAUCUCACAAUGUUUGGUUGGAGACAUCUCGUUUCAAAGUCGGGUGUUAGCCAAGGAUGGACACAUCGCUGCUGUCCGUUUCUCGCAGCUAACGGUUGGCCCUUGCUUUAUCACACUGUUUGAAAACCAAAUCCAGCAUAUUAAUGACGAGAUGGGAUACGAUUAUUCGUACAAGGACUUUUCAGUCUUCGCUCAUUUAGUCGGUGUGAAUUAGGGUGGCGCGCUUUGGGUUUCUGAAACCUUAUCGUGAUGCAGAAGCCUCGGCAUCGUAUCCGAUUCAACUGAGCACCUUUUCUUCAGUUGAGAAAUCUGGCUUUUCAGUUUGUUACCUUUGCCCUAAUUCUUGGAGGAGAACUCAAUUCUUCACUGAAAAUUCAGCGAACAAGAAUUCAGAAGCUUCAAAGGGUCUUCAAAAUGACUCCAAAAAGAAGCUUUCUCGAGAUUGAAGAAAUGGAGAAGUGGUAUGAUAAACUCAGCACAUGGGUAUGGAGCCAGACAUUCAGACUCUUAAUAUCUUGAUUAAGUCGAAUGGUAGAGGUGGUAUGCAUCAGAAAAUGACAUUAAUACUGGAUUUUAUGAGGAGGUGGUAUUUCUCAACAACAACUGUGAGUUUUAAUACAAUUACAGAAACUUUUGGAAGUGAGGGAAACAUUGAAGAAAUGGAGUGUAUCUUCCGUAUGAUGAAAGUGCAGGGGGUGAAACCAAAUUGUACCACUUACUGCUCUCUUAUCAAUGGAUAUUUAUAAAGUGGGACUUCUGGAAAAGAUCUGCCAAUUUUGAGACAAUUGGAUAGUUCUGGAGUGUUUCCGGAUGCCUGACUUUUCUACUGCAUCAUCAUUACACAUGUGGUGCUGGAAAUUUGGAAACAAUUGGAGGAGAUGUUUGCAAUGACGAAGGAAAAGCAGUGCAAACUUGAUUAUGUAGCAUUAUCAACUAUGGUCUAUACUCACACCAAUCAAGGUGCCUGAUUGGUCAGGGACGACCUAUUGUUAUGGACAUUGAGUGGCAUGGAGCUUUCUCUCUUGAUUGACGAAAAUAUUUCCCAACUUGCACUGCUGAAAAAGAAGAGUUACUAAUCUCUAUGGUGACAAAGGGCAUAAAUGGUAAUUUUGUGAGUGAUACAAUGUGACAUUACCAGAAGCUGAGAAUAUUGUUUAUCUGCUGCUGCCCGAUCUCAUUGGCAAUGCAAAGCAAUUCUACCAGUGGCAAUGCUGAAGACAACAAGCAACAUAUAUGCAAAUUACCCAUGGUUUGAUAUGUUAUCAUUUUCGACAGAUAAAUGGGUAGAUGCCUACUGGAUAUAUACACUAUGUAAUGCUUUUAUGUGGCUUAUGGUCACUAUAGACAGAUUGAAGAAAUGAAGAAGUGGUAGUUGGUAUGCAUCAGAAAAUGACAUCAGUACUGGAUUUUAUGAGGAGGUGGUAUUUCUCAAUAACAGCUGAGUUUUAAUAUAAUUAUAGAAAUGUUUGGAAGUGAGGGAAACAUUGAAGAAAUAGAGUGUAUCUUCCAUAUGAUGAAAAUGCAGGGUGUGAAAUCUAAUUUUAUCGCUUAUUGUUCUCUCGUCAAUGGAUAUUUGUAAAGUGGGGCUU